UUUACCCAGGAUACGGCAGACAAUUGGUUCCAAAGUUCAAGGGUAAAAAUACACAAGAGCACUGAGCAGAGAGGAGAACCAGAAGAGGACGAGUACAGAAGUGUCGGACUAACACAUUAUUAAAAAUUAAUAGCAACAAAAGUCUGCCAGUGGUGUGAACAGGAGGAAACAGAACAAGACCAAACAUGGCAGACAGCACAAGUUCAAAAGGCACCUCUGGUGAAUUUGCAAAAAAAGUCCAGAGACAGCUGAGCAGAGGCAAAGAAAAGGUUCUGCAAAAGCUGGGAAAGACCAUGGAGACUAGAGAUGAUGAGUUCGAGCAUUGCCUCCUACUGUUUAAUGACCAACUGACUGAUGGGAACCGAAUGUACAAAGACUUUAGGAACUACGUUAAUGCCGUUAGAGACAUGCGUGAAGCUUCAAGACGCCUCUCUCAGUCUCUGUUCGAUGCUUAUGAGAGUGACUGGGCUGCGGAGGAAGAUUUGGGAGCCAUUGUAGAGGGGGAGGACCUACUGUGGAAUGACUAUGAGGUGAAGCUUUUAGACCAAGCCGUGCGCACCAUGGAGUCUUAUGUGGGCCAAUUCCCAGAUGUCAGGGAGAAAGUUGCAAAGAGAGGAAGAAAACUGGUGGACUAUGACUGUUCUCUUCACCAUCUGGAGGCACUGCAGACAGCAAAGAAGAGGGAUGACAUCAAGAUAAAUAAGGCAAAGGAAGAGAUGAAAGCGGCCAAAGCUGUCUAUGAGGGGAUGAACAAUGAACUGAAAGAGGAACUCCCUGCUCUCUAUGACAGUCGAAUUGGAUGCUACAUUGCUGUUUUCUCUGCUCUGGCAAAUUUACGAGACAUCUUCUACAAGGAAAUGAGCUCGCUCAAUGGGGAUCUACAGAGUGUGAUAAAAGAGCUGCAUGAUCAGCAUCCAGACAAAACGUUUGCUGUGAGGGGACUGCAGAAGUAUGGCUCCUUGAAGAGACGGACUCUUAUGUCCCCAAAGGCCUGGAAAGCCAGUUUUUCUGAGUUUCACAGGAACUACAGCCCUGGAAUCAGGCAGCGGAACAGUUUCAGGUCCUCAGACAAAUCUCGUCAUAGCACUCUGUCCAGAGAGAGCAGCACAAGCGCAGUCUCCCCACAGUCAGUGUCUUUGGAGAACACACUAUCUGAGUCAAGGGAGCUGGAUGUGGCGCCAUCCCACACUGAGAAUCAAGAAGAUGCGGAAGUGGGUACAACAAAAAACGAGCUGAAUCCUGGAGGAGACAGCAGUCAGGCUGAGGAGGAGAAAGGCUUGAAAGAGUCAGAUAAUAAAGGAGAUGGUGAAAAAGCUCCACCAAGUGAGAGCAGCUCUGAACUGAACAACUCCUUUGAAUCAGAGAGCUUAGACCUGCAGCUGUCUGCAGUGGACAGCAGCGUGCUGCACAUUGAAGAAGAGGAUGACUGCCAUGAAACCCUCGACACUCCUAAAGCAAAUGGACUGGAGAAUGGUAACGUCAGCGGGUUAAACUCUGACUCUAAGGAUCUGAGCAUUCCUCACAAGGAUGCUCCUGCAGAGAAAGCAGUAUCCCAGGACUCAAAAAGCACAGUGGUUUAAAACUUUCACACAUUUAUGAAAAAAUGCCAGCACAGAAAAGCGAAGAUGAGACUGAAGACGACAGCUGCUCAAGAGCAAAAAAAUGUGAGGACAGCCGUGCUAAUGAGUCCAACUGUGGUCGCAUGACUGACACAAUGCUGCUGUUCUGUUUCUCCUUUAUCUGCCAGUAAAUUCAGAUUUAUAUGCCAUUCUGGGAAAAGCUAGACACUAAUUUUCCAUUUAAAAUAAUACAACUUAGAGCUUUUUGAAAUCAUUACAAGCUUAAUAGUAAAUAAAAAAACACUGUAAAGGUUUACAUUGUUAGAAACAUACUGACUGACUAGAAUAUGGCUGUUUGUUGGUGAUCUGUGUUAAAGACCAAGUUUCAAGGGGGCUGAGCUACACUCCACUCUCACGCUACUGACCAAAUUACUAAACUAAAUACUUGUGGUUGUUUCCAUGUAUUCACUUUUCUUUUCUUCUUUUGUUUUAUUGCAUUUUUAAACUACUUCUGGAGGCAAGUCUUCAGUUAAAUGUAAAUUGCUCUGAUCUGUACCACUCGCAAAUCUGUAAAUUAGGUUUGCAAAUUUAACAUUAUGCAAUCUUAAAAAAAAACAAUUUUUUAAAAAUCAUUUUUGGGUUCAGGUCACAGGAAUGGACUGUUUAAUUCUAAUUAUUGUACCAAUAAAUACAUUCAAGGCUAAAAUACAUGGGAAUUAUUAGGAAUUGUGUACACUUUAAGUAAUAAAAUGCAGUUAAUUUCAAGUUGUGUGAGUGUAGUUGCU